GGAGCUAUAACAUCCACACAAGCUGAGGGCAAGUAUGAUAGGGUUUUGCCUGCUGUUUCCAUGCCAACCAAACUUCCAACCAAUCAGCAUGCUCCAUCCAUGGGAAUGCUUCACCCAUCUUCAACCCUGCUUGCUGUUUUGAGUGCUUAUCAUUUCAAAGCUUCUUACCUCUCCUCUGAUUGGCCUGAUUCUGCAAGAUUUGCAUCACUUCAGCCAAUGACUGCUGUUUUUUCAAAAGUUUCCAAUUUGCAUGCAUUACUGGGCUUUGGGACUGUAUCUAAAACUUUUGUGCAUGAAACUGUUGAGCAGCUUUUUGCUUUACAAACUGCUUUGAAUUCAUCAUUUAAACCUGACUUUCAUCUUAAAGCUUUAAAGCAUGACAGCUAUCUAAUCACUUCAAGAAUGCAAUCUACCCCUUUGAACUGUCCAAUGUCAUCAAGGCUACUAUCUUCCCCAAUGAACUGUCCAAUCAGAGCUGCCAUAACAAACCUUCAUUCAUCAAGCCAGCCAAUCAGAACACCAGUACAUAUCCAAACAUGUCAAACACCAUAUUCAAACAUCACAAAUCUCAAACUCAUUUCAUCUUUCUUCAUACACACCAAUACCAGACAACAGAAAAUUGCACAAGAAACACAACUUUCACGCCGUGGCCCAUUACUUUCCUGCAGUAGUGGUUUUGAAUAUGAGUUCACUAAUGCUUCACUUGGAGACAAUCUAUUUCUAACCUUUUCUAUUUUUGACCCACUAACAAUUCUGAGUUCUGAAGCCUGUUGUACCUCUCUAUCUGGUUCUGUUAAUGUUUGUUUUGCUCUAACUACAAAUGGAAUGACUAUGCAUACUUCAUGUAGCUCUACCCAAUGGUGUGUAUGCUGUAUCCUUUACUGCUCUAAAUACCAUUCUGUUUUUAAUCUUACUAACAUUUCAUUAGUGACAGUGCCAUUCUGCCUGCUUUAUUCAAACCAUCCCCGCAUUAAUGCACCUUUUGCCUCUGUCUAUUCCAAGACUUCACUCUUCCUCAUUGAUCCAUUGCAUCAGAACUUAUCUUUUGUAGAAGAGAAUGGAUGUGUUAUCGGUAACAGUAUCCUCUCCCUCCAGACAUUGCCAGUCAGAGAGGUAAUGACGGUGACCCCUGGACCCUUAUUAAGGAUAAUUGCCGCUUCAAUGACAAAACCAGAUCACAAUCGAUCAGUCUCUGUUGCAAUCCUGACACCUGCUCUUCUCCGUACCGCUUCAGAGUCCCGGGGCAGUGGCUCUUCUUGGCUUUCAUCAGCAACCACUUUGCAAUCCUACCAUUCAUUCGAUCUGUCACCACCUCGUAGCUUUGGCUGCUCGACUGCUACCCAGUCCAGUCAAAAGCCGCCUCUAGUUCUCCCAUCGAGUCCAUCUCGUGUUCCAAGUUUGCAGAUGUACGUAUGCCCAGUGCCCCUGGAAUUAACGUCACACCUAAAAAACACAAAUUUGUUAUCAAAUUUCAGUUCAGGACAGAGUGUGACCUCUUUUCCUGUAUCGAUGUCAUCUUUUGGAACGACCCUGUCAUUUGGAAUUACUGUAGGGUAUAGUUCAUCACUUCUGCCUGACUUAACUCCAGUAUUCAGACUAAUGAAAAAUUUAGAAGGUGCUCUCAAAAUACUGUCAUUUCCUUAUGAAAUGGGAUUGGAAGCUAUGUUUUUGAGAACAUCUGUCCCAUUUAUAUUUGAGCAGGGAGUAUUGUUCCCAUGUGAUUGGGUUAUAAAGAAUCCUUCACCCCACCUAACCAACGUUUUAUUGUCAGUUUUCGCAUUCAAAACAGAUAACUUCAAGGACAAUGCCUCUCCUGAUACUAUUCUUACAACGCAAAGUACUGUCUUGCAUCAUAUCGAUACAUGUUUGGGAAUAAUCACCCCAAAUUUGUCAGUAGACAAUCCCAACACUACACUGCUGAUUAAUGCUUUCCAUAUUGGCAUUGCCAAGUCAACGACUUCAUGUACAUUGACUGUGCCAUCUUUUGAGAAAUCUGUUGUAGGUCUUCCGAUGCCGUCACGGUCAAGACGGCCAGGUUUGUUGUUUCAGUCACCAGAUCCAAUCCAAACCUUCCACCUUCCAAUCUCGCCACCGUCAGCCCUAUCUCUAUUCAGUCAAUCACCUUGGCAUUAUUUACCUGCCUCGGUUUCCAUGGCAACCCAAUCCAUAGACGCUUGGGAAAUCAUUUAUUCUGUGCUGAGUGUGUUUAACACUUCUGGCACUUUGAUAGAAGCAAACCAGUUUUAUGACAGAGUCGUGAUGGGUGUGAGAGUGUUGCUCUCGCGCAAAGUCAAAAUAUAUGGCUAUUUCACGAAACCUUUUACCUCCAACUUACUCUAUUUCUUCUCAAUAUUCUUUUUAAUGAGGCUUCAUUCACCCCGUUCAUCAUUUUCAAAAUUGUCUUCUCUUUCUCAUAUGCUUUUUCCCUCCCUUUCUCUUCUCUCGCUUUCAUUCCUGUCCAUACCUUUUCUUUCUUUCCUCCCUGUUACGUCAGGUUUAUCAUCCUCCCAUUUUAAGAUUUCCACUCCUAAUUCUCUAACUGCCAGUCUGAAGGCGGUGAAUUCCACACAUGUCUCGACUUCCCCUUCGAUGUCCUUCCCCUCACCAACCCAUCACACGGAUUCAUUUCACGCACCAAUCUCCACAUUAGCAAGUCCGGGUGUGAACGAUUCCCACGGGAGCCACGGAUUACCUGAAAUUACCUCGGUAAUUGCAACACCUUCCCGCUUAUACCCGGACGGUAACUCAAGCUCCUUGUCUGCGUCGGCUUAUGCAUCAAUAAGCCCCGUUUCCGCUCAACAUAUGAACCACUCCACAGAGGCAUCGCUUCAUCCGUCCAUGCGGGACCCUUCUCUAUUAUCUCUACCUAUUUCAAGAUUGAGUUUGGAUUCCCCUGGCUCAGCCGCGCAUGAAACCGUUUCAUUACAUCUUACUUCGGCCUCACCGGUCCCAAGUUCACGACGAGAUACCAUGAAUAAUCUCUUACAGCUGUCGGACAUCUCAAUGUCAACGCCCCAAGCGUCGUUGAGCAUUAUUACCCCAACUGCCUCCUCUCAUACUUCCUCUGCUACGCUGCAUGCAUACUCUAACAGUAACAUUUCUGUCAGUGACCCUCUUUCUUCUGGCUUAGUUACACCAUCUCUUCCUUCAAGCUUUCCAGAUGCAUUUCCAACCUCUUUUAUGAAUGUAGAAAGCCACCCAUCAUUCAGUUUGCAUGCAUCAUCUAAGCUGAAUACUCCAUUGCACCACAUUUCUGCUAAUGCUGAUUAUACGUCAUCAUUUGUAACAAUGAUACAACACCCGCCUUUAUCAUCAUUAAUGCGAUCCUUUCUUAGUGAUGCACAUAUUUCUUCUACAUCUCAUUUUCAAAUAACAAGCCAAUCCUUAAUUCAGCAUAUGUUCAUAGAAAGUGUAACUUCGCCAUGGCUGAUGCACCCGUCCUCCACCACACCGUAUGGGCUUUCUUCUGCUGCGUCCUCCAAAGAAAUCAUGCAUGCAUCAAUUGCAUUAUCAUCUGUAUUGCCUGCCAGCAUCUCCCCAUAUACCCACCACUUUUCUGUGCAAUCAUUGCAUUCAUCCUGGCCAUCAUCACAUGCAACCUUGUCAUCAUCCUAUUCAGCUUUGAGAUCAUCACAUUCAGCUUUACAAUCAUCAUAUUCAUAUUUACCCUUAUCAUAUUUACCUGUUUCAUAUUCCUCUUUGUCAUCAUCACAUUCACCUUUAUUAUCAUUACAUUCACUUUUGUCAUUAAAUUCACCUUUGUCAUCACUAAAUUCACCUUUGUCAUCACUAAAUUCACAUUUGCCAUCAUCACAUUCAUUUUUGCCAUCAUCACAUUCACAUAUACCAUCAUCACCUUCAACUUUGCCACCAUCACAUUCAUAUUUGACAUCAUUGCAUUCACCUUUGCCAUCAUCUCGUUUAAUUUUGCCUUCAUUACAUUUACACUUGCAAUCAUCACAUUUACAUUUGCCAUCAUCACCUUCAACUUUGCUACCAUUCCAUUCAUCUUUGACAUCAUUGCAUUCACCUUUGCCAUCAUCACAUUCACAUUUGCGAUCAUCAUAUUCACAUUUGCAAUCAUCACAUUCACUUUUCCCAUCAUUGCAUUCACCCUUCUCAUCACAUCAACAUUUGCCAUCAUCACUUUCAUCUUUGCCUCGUGAUACUGAUAUGACUUCCUUUGCAUCAAUUGAUCCGAUGUCACUUGUCUCAUUUAUGCCUCCAAUAAUUUCCUCAUCUCCCCACAACUCACAUCCACCCUACCCAUCACAAACUACCAUCCUGGAUCGCAUCACUCCAGUCACCACCUCUCCUUUAUCCUUUCUCCCCAAUAUAGGAUCAGUCACCACUUCCUCACCCAGCCUUGCCUCUGCAUCUCUCCCAUCACGUUUACCUUCCAAUGAGACUGAAUCUAUUAUCACCAUGGCAACCCGUAUGUUGCCAUCAACAUCCACAUCUUUGAUUAACCCCUCCAGUCUGGAUACCAGUUUAGAGUCUACUGCUAUCAUGAACUCUAUGAAUACUUCUGAAGCACUGUCCAGCAUGACUUCUAGUACACUUAGCGCCUUCUCAAAGCUUGAUGUAGUAUCGCCAUCUAGUGCAAACUUUUCUGAUGCAUCUACUGUGCUUGAAACUGUUUUGUUUACUCAGACCUCAUUUGACUUUGUGACACCUUCUGACACUGCUUCCACUAGAUCUGAUAGUGUACAAGUCGAUCUUACUAUUUCCGAUCAUUCCUCAUUUGUUCGGAUGAUUGAUUCGACCGCCCUGAUUUAUUCAACUUUAACACCUUCAUUUGUAACACCUUCCUUUGACGCAUCAUCAUUAGUGCCUCCAGAGCCUUCAUUCUCUACCUUAACACCAACAAAAUACCUUACUUCAGUGUAUGAUUCUGACACCUUGAUAUCAACACCUUAUUUUGUAGAUAGUUUAACCAUCGUUAGUACACUAACACAAUAUUAUGAUAGUGAAACAGCUGUGCCUUCUAACAUUUACACUAUGGAAUCCACAGGAUCCAAUUUUUCCCAUCCUGGGAGACUAACACCAAUACCAAGUACACCAAUACAAACACCAUACACAACAACACCAGAACAUGAAACACUGUUACCUACACAAAUAUAUACUCAGUCGACAUCCUUUUCUCAAUUGCUUAUUCAAACACCAACACCUUCAUUAUCAUCUUGGAUGAAUGUAUCCUCAAGCCUGCAACCAUCUAGUGUUUCCUUAAUGCAUAGCAUGCCUGACACCCUGUCAACCCCAUCUGUUAGUGAUACCGCGUCGCUGCAAACGACUUUCCCAUCAUCAUUCCUUGAUAGUACUCCCUUGCUGAUCAGCUCGAUGACUGAUUAUGUGAUUAUGUCCUCUGGAGUUACAAUAACUAGCAUGCCAAUUGAUGUGUCUAUUGAAACAUCUUCAUCUGUCAUUAUGCCGGAUGUUUUACAUUCUGACUCUGUGGAUACUCUUUCAUCAACAGAUGGCAUUUUGACAUCCACCUCAUUACCGUUGUCAACGGCAACCGCAUCACUGGUCCCUCUCCAGACAUCUACUCCCGCAUCAUCUAUGCUUUCUCCAAUGAUAUCAACAGAACUGUCAAACACUAGUACUGAAGUUUCACGAACUUUGCAUAGUUUUUCAACACCGGAGACGAUAUCAGCAAUUGUUCAAACACCUAUUCUUUCAUCAUCAGUGCAAUCUAUGAGCAGCGUGCAAGCAAAUGAAAGUAUGCCUUCAUUAUCAUUAUUAACUAAUUCAAGUACACUUCAGGAAGACCUGUCAUCAACCUAUGCAAUCAUGCCCAGUGAUGUAAUCUCUCAGACCAUGAUGCAAACUAUCAUCACCUCUUUUGUAAAUUCCUCCCAAAGCGAAAUCAUGCCAUCUCCCUCGAUUUACAUACCAAUGCAAUCAUCUGUUUUUAAUUCAACAAUGCAGUCAUUAAUAGAUUCCUUGUUAAGCUCAGUAGCUAAUCAAACUGGAAUGUUGCCAAUGCAGGCAUCAACUGCAGUGGUUGGAAGUGACCAUGUUGCUAGUACCCUUGCCUCAAGUGCAAACAUGUCAUCAGUUUCUUUGUUGCCAAUGCCUUCUGCCGGUCAGAUGACUAUGGUAACUUCUGUUGCAAUGGAAUCUUCUACAGCUCUUGUGAACAAAAGUGAUUCUCUGUUCCCCACUUCAUCAUCUGGUUUUGAUUCAGUAUCAUCAAGUAUAGUUGCCAUGGCAACUGAAAUGCCAUUAUCCUCCCCGGGGAUGAUUUUCCCAACUCCAAAUAGCACAUUAUCAUCAGACUUUCCUGGGUUGAAUUCAACAAUACCCACCCCAAGUCUUCCAUUCAUGCCAUCGUCCAGUUCCUCCUUACCUCCCAACUCUACACUCCACUCAGGAGCAUCCGCAACCCCUAUAGUGACCGUCUCUUCUCUCUCACCGGUGACUUCUAUUUUGUCCACUCCAUCAAUGUCUCUGGUUUCCUCAAGUUUACCUACAACUGCAGUUUCUGUGGAAAUCCUAUCCACACCCUUGGUUUCCUUGAGCACCCCUUCUGCUUCAGUUUCAGUGAGUUCAGUGUUUGUACCUACUUCACCAACCUCCCAAACAAAUUUGUCCACCACCGAUACAACUCCUGUGGUUGUUUCUACCGCAAACCAAUCUCUUUCAGCAGAGCCAACAACAGUUGUGAUGAACGCAUCAUCGGUGACUCCUCCAACAAGUUCACCCAAUGCUGAUAAUGUGACGGUCAGCCCUCACACAACGGGUGCGGUAGUGUCUCCGGAGACUUCCUCAAUGACUUCUGGAGUGUCCACUUCCUUGAACUACACUUUGACCACCACUCCUGCAACCAAUGUGACAACAACUCAAACUGGUACAUCAACACCAACAACACCAGUGACCACUCCCAUGGACACUACUGAGGCCACAACCCCAGAAGCAACAGUUCCACCAACUACCUCUACCACAAUCUCUCCCACAACUCCUGUUGAAACAACAACACCAACAGUGGUCACCGCAAACCAAGAGGUUACCAAUUCUUCAACUGAACCCAGAACCACGCAGACAAGGACACCAACUCCAUUUGAUACAUCCUUUGCUACCAGGCCCUAUUGGCUAACAAUGGGUCUUGCCAUUGAUGAAAACAUAAACGUCAACGCUCCUUCGUACAUUGAAGAGAUGGAGGGUAACCUUGCAGAUAUGUACGUGGAGGCUAAUCGCCGUAGCAACCAGAGAAUGGUGGAGAUGGAGCAGCUACUGGAUCAGCUGGAUCCCGAGAGGAAUCCUGCAGUGGAUCCAGGUGGAGCCAGGAGAAAGAGAGCAGUGACUGUGAACACAAUAACGGCACAGAUAAUAGACAUGACCCGACUCACCAACCCCACCGAUGUCGAACUGACUUUCUACAUAGUGGAGGAAGGUACCAAACUUCUCUCGGGGGAGGCCAAGACGGUGCUGGAUGAGCUCACCCUCCAAGAGAUGACCCUGUAUAUGGCUGUCCCAGUCAACAGUCCACCUAUUGAGGUUGUACCAUCAACCACAGUCAUGCCAUCGGCCGAGCCUCCGGCCCGCCUGUGGAUCAUUGCGGCAGUUCUCGUUCCAUUGGCUCUACUGCUCUUCUGUUGCCUCUGCUGCUGUUGCUGCUGCUGCGGGCGCAAACCCAGGAAGGAAGACGGUCCCAUGGAUCCCGAUACAUUCAAGAUGCUCCAGUUCAAGGCAAAAUAUCCAUAUAGACAGUACCCUGGCAGCCCUCAGGACCAGCAUCUCCAACCAGUCCCGCGAGGGUUUGAUGUGGUCAAACAAGAUUAUGCUAACAAUGCGUUUGGUAUGGAGGCAGGCAUGGCGGAGGGGAAGCAGCAAAUUGAAGAAGAAGCUGAGAUGAUGAUACAGAGAGAGCUACCGAGAAGAACGGUUGAGGGUCAUGUAUCACCUGUCCUUCACACCAGAAACCAGUACCCCAUCGGACAGUCACCGACCCCCAGUGGGACUUCUAGCUCUUCCCUGGUACCACCUCUACCUGUAAAGCAAACCAAAGGUCACCAGAGGGUGAGAGAUGGAAGUACUAGUGGAAGUGAUACGGGGGAGGAGCUCUACAAACAGAGGAGAGAGUACAUGGCCGCUCAGGAUGAGAUCAGUAAAGUACUAGAACCGGAGUUAUACUCAUCACAGGGGAGAAAAAGGUACAGUAGGGGGUGCUGUCCUCAAAGGGAGUUUGGGGGACUGUAGAAUUAGACGUAGACCAUGGUCUUACUUUGUGCUAAAA